AUUGCAAAAUACGAUAACAGUAGCAUUUAACUGUUGUUUUCAUUUUUUGUUUUUAUUUCAAUUGAGCAUUUACUUGCGAUGGUUAAACCGUGUUUGUAUUUUGCAUUAUUUAGUCCGCCGGCGCGUGCUUGUCUGAUAACGGCAAAAUUAAUUGGAUUGGAUAUAGACGUAAAGCAUGUUAAUUUUGCACAAAAAGAACAUUUAAGUGAUGACUUUAUAAAGUUAAAUCCACAACAUCAAGUGCCGAUAUUUGUUGAUGACGAUAAUGAAAUUUAUGUUGACAGUCAUGCCAUCAUCUGCUUUAUGGUUUCUAAAUAUGCUGAAGACGACAGUUUGUAUCCGAAGAAUUUAACACAGCGCGCAAGAGUCGAUCAUCGUUUACACUUCGAAAAUGGAGUAUUAUUUCAGGUUAUUAAGGACUUGGUGGCGCGUAACAUUUACGGUGGAGAAGGCGAGUUCAAUCAAAAAUCUUUAGAUAUGUGCCAGAAUGCCUACUGUUUUCUUGAGAGCUUCUUGCAAAAUGGAAAAUAUGUUGUCGGUAAUACGAUGACAGUUGCUGAUAUAUCGAUAAACACAACUUUGAUUACCUUAAAUAUGUUAAUACCAGUAGAUCAAACAAGAUAUCCAAAUAUUGUCGCAUGGAUGGAACUUAUGAAAAGUUUACCUGACUAUGAAGAUAUAAAUGUGAAGGGUGCUGAUGCUUUAUAUAAACGUAUUAUAACAGUGAUGGCUGAAAAUAAAAAUAAAUCAAAUUAAUAAUUUAAUAUGUGAACAUUGAUACUAAAACGAAGUGGUUUCUGGUGUUAUGGUUAAAUAUAUUGUUUUUAAAUAUAAAAUCCAUAUUUUAAUACAUUAAAAUAUUUUAAUUUUUGGGUAUAAUUAAAUUUAUGUUGCAAAUGUAAUUGUCGUAUUCGUUUCUACUAGUACCCAAUUUGUUAAAUUUCUAUUAAUUUUUUCAUAUAUAUAUAUA